AUGAAAAAAACCACGUCAACGACUGCAGCCACCUCAAAAGCCACAGGCAAGAAUAAGAAUAACACGGACGUUUGGGUGUUGACGAUAUUCUUCUCCGAGUACAAGGAAGAGGAGGAGGUCUGCAACCGUUGUUUCGUGACCAAGGAACUUGCUGAGGUGGCAAUGAAGAAUGAAGCGCGGCGUCUUUACAAACUGUCAGGAAUUAUCCAAGAGGCCGACAAUAAAUACUUUGAAGAAAGCGAGAACAGGAUAGACUUUGGAGAAAGUUGGGGUGAAUCGGAUUAUAGGCGUGAAUAUGGUUACUGUCAAAUCGAACGCGUGAAACUAGAAGUCGAAGUAGACGUGUUCGUUAGCACGGAUGAGGAGGACGAGGAUUUAGAUGAUUAA